AUGCGAGCAGACGAGUUCAUCACACCGACCCGGUUGUUGGUCUGUUGUCGGUCUCUGAUAUUUGUCACCUGUGUGUCGGAGCUUUAUGAAGAAUUCCAGGAGGAGGUGAACAGUGGGACGCCGCUCCCUUUAGUCCUCUCCACGCUGGUGGGAUUUUCUUCAGACAUCCAUGUUGACAUCAGUGCAGGGGUCAAAAGGUGAGGGGUGUCUGAGUCUGUGAGCGGCCUCACUGUUUCAUGUCAACACUUUAACCAAACUUGAUUCCUCCUCGACUUAAACUUCACUGAUUCUCUUUCUGCACCGCUGUAGACUUCAAGAAGCUUUUAGACCAAAGAGGACAUCUUUGCCACCAGGGCCGAUGUCUUCAGCGUGUAACAAACAGGUGAGCAGAGAGCUGACGGCUAACAGGAGCGACUGUCUGCUGGUUUAA